GGGGGAAAACCAAUGGGUUUUCCCACAGUGGCAGAGAAAAAGUUCACUACAAUUACAAUACAUGGCAGACUUUAUUUGGGAUCAACUUCAUGCAUGAUUUCUUGUUCUGGAAAAUCCCAUGCGUGAAGAUUCUAAAGCGUUUGAUGCUGUAGCUGUACCAGACUACAGUCUAUAGGCCCAACUUAUGCUGAGUACUGAUUUGUUGCUGACAAAGAAUGUUUACCGAGAGACACAAGGCAGAUCUAGACCGGCUGGGCUACACCGUGGUUAGUGACGUCAUCCCUGAGGCAGAGUGUCGCAGGCACCAAGAAAACUUGAGAGACUGGCUGCAAAGUUUUCCUCCUGGCCAAUGGCCUCAGUCGAAAUAUUCCUUGAUACAGAGAUACAGGUGUGGCCAUCUUAGGCCAUCUUGGGAAGUCAGACUUGCGGCCAAAUCUGUUUUUGAGCAGGUUUGGCACACCAAGAAACUGUUGUCCAGCAUAGACGGUAUUUCUAUUGGACGCCCACCCGAGGAUGGGGAGGAGAAGUUUUGGUCGCCAGAAGAUAACUGGAUACACGUCGACCAGAUGGCCGACAGGAAGGGGCUACACGCUUACCAGGGUUCUGUUUUCUUGGAGGAGUGUGCUGAAGACGACUGGACGUUCGAAGUUCUGGAAGGUUCUCACCUUCGGUUUGACGAAUUUAUGGAGACCAGCCAGCGCUGGAUGUUGUCUAACAAGGAGCUCCAGUGGUUCACGGACCAGGGCUGUCCCAGGAAGAGGGUGCCCUGCCCCAGGGGCGGCAUGAUCCUGUGGGACUCCAGACUCUUCCACGCCAAUGCCAGACCCAAAGAGGGGCGCUCAAAUCCUGGGAGGUGGCGCUUCGUCGUGUUCGUCUGCAUGGCGCCUGCCUCGUGGGCCGAGCAGGAUGACCUAGAAACCAAACAAAAAGCCUACGAGAAGCUGGAGCUGACGACACACUGGCCGGCCCGCGGCGUGCAGCUGUUUGCUAGAAACGUCAACACACGAAUUUACCCGUCAGACACGGGCUACGUGACGUCAUUACCGGAAGUGGCACUGACUACGGAGGCCAAACAACUGGCGGGAGUUUUACCGUAUGACGACGACGGGGAGACGGACCCAAACGACCUGCCGGAAUGGCGCUAAAAGUCGAAGGAAAUAUUUUUCUUCGCAUUUUUAAAGUUUUGUUUGCUGUGUUCCACUCAGGGCCUAAGAUUUUGCAUUUAAUAAAAGUCUACAAUAAAUGA